AUGCCUUGUUCCUAGAAAACAAUAACAACCAUUUCGAUGUUUCAAUGAACAAAUUGUGUGUGCUGGGUGCCUAGAAUCCUAUUUGAACGUUGUUCGAUGCUUUCUAGUCCGGAAUUGUUAUUCAAAUCCUGGGAUUCAGGACGAUGGACUACAGAGCGAUGAAUGAACCCUGCCAAUGUCCACGGUGUCGCUGUGAACAUCGUUUGCCGAAUCAGCCGAUGCCCUGCCAACAGAAAUGUUUCCCGGAUAAAUAUGUGAUGUGUGGUGCGGAGCAACGUCCUGGCUGGCAGAAGAGACCAGAUCCUCAGGAAGUUUUUCAGAAUUUUUCCCAACGAAAUCCUCAAACACUUUCUCGGGAAUCUGCUCAGAGUUGGAGUUUCCAGCCUCCUCCAAACUGUUUCUGUGGCCAGCAACCUCCGACGAGAGCUCAGCCCAACUAUUCUCAGCAAUUUUCCAAAGAAUACUCCCAGCAAUUUUUACACAAUUCUACUCACCAGUGUUCCCAGAAAUCUCCUUAUAAUACUUGUUGUGGCCAACAAAAUCGGCAGAACUGCUUUCAGCCACCUUGUGCAAAGUGGCAAAGACCAUGUUGUUGCAUCACCCACGAAGUUGGCGUUCAAACGGACGAGGUGGAGUGCGUGAUCGAGCCCAAGCCGGAGUACAUCGCGGUCACCGACAUCACCACAAAGGAGGUGGAGGUGAAGCACCGCACUGGGAAGACGGAGACGAUCAUCGAAACGGUUCAGUCGGUCACCCAUUUCCCAGUGACGGAUUCUCAGUACCUUUGGGAUAGUGACAACGCCACAGAAGAUGAUGUAGUGCCCAAUCGAGCCAUGCGGAACUCCGAGCUACACCCCAUGCUGGAGUCGAUGAGGGCGAAGGUGCCAAAAUCUGAACGUAAGAGUACAAUGGAGGAGCUCGUCUACCAUGAGUAUGCGAAGAGCGAGCGCGACUUCAAUGACUCUCAGGCGACGGUUGAAAAGACCAUCUUCAAGGACUUGCCCGAACCCCAAUCGAAAUCCAAGCCGCCCAGCUAUACACCACCUCCCUCCCGACAGCCCAGCGGGGAAACAUCCCACCCAAGGUUAGUAAGUGAGAAGAUCGAACGCGACUCCGAUGAGCCUAAAGCGACGAUAGGGAAGGCAAAGUUCAAGGACAAAACCCCGUUGAACUCGCCUGAAUCGACCCAAUCGCCCCAAUCGAAAUCCAGAUCGUCCAGUUAUGUCCAGCCUCCUUCCCGACUGCACAACGAGGAGCUGUCCCAGCCACCACUACCAAGAGCCAUUUCUUCGAUUUCGCAGGAAGACCCAUCACUGGUCAAGGAUGAAGGUGAAGAUGAAAGUAGUGACAGCAGUUCGACAGAUAUCGAUGCACAUGAACAUAAGGAGUUCAUAGAGAAGGAGAAGGUAGUUGUACCCGCCGAUUCUGACAACGUGAGUACCGUGCACGUGAAGGUCUCGAAUAGAAAGGAGGCGUCCGUGAAGCAUCAUCAUGACCGGGAGCCCAAGAAAACGGCGAUCUUCGAGAGCAGCGUGUCCCAGGUGCUGGUAAAGAAAAAACCGGAAGAAAAAAAGCCUGAAGAAAAAAAGCCAGAAGAAAAAAAGCCAGAAGAAAAAAAACCUGAAGAAAAAAAACUGAAGCGCCCACCUCCCAAAGUGGAACUGAAGCUGGGCUAUCCGCCAAACGACUUGGUCUGCAGAUACGCCAAUCCUCCGGUAUGCAGAACCACCUGCGCCAGCAGCAGAUGUCCUCGUCCGCCGUCCAUCUCCUGCAAUAAAUGUCCUUCCUGUCCUGCCUGUCCUUCCUGUCCGCCCAGCACCAGACAAUGCGAUCCCAUCUACGGUUUUGGCAGCACGUGUGUCGGAUACUAUUGUCUAUGAAACAGAUCCAAAUAACUAGAACAAGUGCCCAACUAACUCUCCUUACCAACAAUAAAAUAUUUCAAAAACCCA